CAAACAAAAAAAAAAAAAGGAUUUACUUUAAUUAAAAAUGGAUUUUUCAAAUUAACAAGUAAAACUUCAAAAAAAUUCUCGGCAAAUGCAAAAAUGGAUCGUCAUGUAACCAUCAAAAUGUCUCGAAUUUCUAUAAAAUCCAAGGAAUCAGAUGGUCGAUUAUUGCGUCGGAAAAAAAAAGUAACGGAAACCAUGAAAAUCUUGAAACCAAUCAACUUUUGUUGUACAAUGGAAGACAUCGAUUCUAUGUUUAAAUAUGAUCAACGUAAACCACCUUAUACGUCUUCUUUGACCGCAAUAAGUUUGUUACAAGAAUCUCCAGCAAUAAAAUUACGCACACAAUAUGUUAAUCGCUUGAACGCAUUGUCAAGAAGAUCAACGAUGAGAGGCAAGGAUAUACAGUUCGCUCGAAUGAAAUCUGAAAAUCUUGGUAUUUCUUCGAUCAUUGGAUCAAAUCAGUGGUACAUAGAAGAUGAGAUUGCUUUAGCCAAAGAUAUCUUAUGGGAAGAUAGAUUACGUAAGAGCGACGAGGAAACUCGACGAAAUGUUCGUAUUGGAAAAGAAAAAAUGGAAAAUAAAUUGAAACAAAUAAAAAGUGUUACUGGACCACGAUGGUAUCAAGAUUUCUCAAUAGAUCAGAUGAAAAAUCUAAUGAUAUUGGAAGAUAUGAUAAUGGCUGAUUACAAACAAAUGGAAACUGUUCGUACUAAGAAAACGCUUAUGGACAUAGGAGUAUUAUCGACAUUUUUUCAAAUGGAUACAAAAAAUAUCAGAAAAAUGCAACGAUUGUGUGACUUCAAGGCGAUUGAUUUUUUACGAGAAAUUUACAGAUUACUUACUGGAAAUUAUUUCGAAGAGGAAGGCUACAAGAAUAAUUAUGAUUGCAACGAGAGAAUCAUUUUAUCCGCCAUUGCUUUCUUGUCAUUGCCAGAAACGAUUAUCGAAUUAAAUAAAAGAUUACCUUCUGUUAUUAUGCCAAAAAUUCCUUCGAAACCUCUUCCAAUGAAGGUUCUACCAAGAAAAAAAGCAAGUUCACCGUAUAAGGAAGAACUCUUUACACGUCCAGAUUGGGUAACUUACUUGAAUCGUUUGGAAAGUUGGCGAAAAUAUUGUAAAUCGAUAGCAAUGCCAAAAGUGAUCCUACCUGAUCCAAGUUGUCCAAUAUUUACUUACAAAGAAGAGUUGCGAAACGUCGAAAUAAAUCAUAAAAUUAUUAAAAACGAUCUUUUGAAAAAUAAUUCGAAGAAAGAAGGUAGUAAAUAUCAAUGCAAUCGUAAUUAGUUAAGAUAUAUUAUCAUUGAGUUCCUAGGUUCAGCGAAACGCGAAGAUAAAGUAAUGGAACUUAAUGAAAAUAUGAAAAUUCGUGGAUCUAUUAAAAAACGUCUUAGUGUUGAUAAAUCUGAUAUCUUUAAAUCGCCCGAGGAAAAUCAAGUUUUCGAUUUCACAUUUUCCGGAUUGAGCGAAAAUCAAACUGAUCCAGUACAAUAUAAGAUUUGUGGAACACUUAAUCCACCUCGGGAAAAUAAAAAAUCCUGGCUGGGAGAAAAGGAUGCACAUUUUAUUAUAAGCGGUGUCUCGGAUGAACCACCUCAGUGUCCUGUUUCUUUUGAGAUGACAGGAGUGGCCAAUGUUACGCCAAUAAAUAGCGACGAGAGAUUCUUCACAGUGUUGAAACUUGGCGAUGGCCCUAAUAAGAUUUAUCCGAGUGGUCGAAAAAAUCUUUCCAAGAACUGGCAAGAAUGGUUACACAAUGCAGACGAAGAAUUUAUAAAAGUAGAGAAGGAAGCAAACAAGAUAUUAAAAAACGUUGAGGCUACGAUGAGACUCGUUUUUCCAGGACCAAUAUGUGAUAGUUGUUGUUCUUGCAGGCAAACCAGAAAGACUAAUAUCAUAAGUAAAAAAACGAAGGCACCUUAUAUGGUCAUUGAUAGUUUAACCGAAGACGAUCGAAAACAAAAAUACAUAGUCGGAUCAAUGGCACUUCAUUCACCAGCGCUUACACCUGAUCAAUCUACGGUAAAUUUAAUCGAUGUCAUUGCUUCCGAGGAUAAAAUUACUACGAACGUUGUUAUAAAUGGUGUUACUACUGCGAAAGGCGAGAAAAAAUAUUAUAUAACUGGUAUGGCGAAAGAUACUAUUCAUAUUCCUUCAAAAAAGGUCGAAUCAUCUCCACCAUUGCUAAUUAAAAAUAUUCCACCGUGUACAUGUGCCAUUCAACAAAUGUUCAAUCAAAAUAUGAUUCCAAGAUUGAGUACCGACAACAUCCCAUGGACCAAAAAGGAAGGUUUAUGUUUAGGAAAAAAAUAUAGACCAGAAACAAUUUCAGCUUAUUCUUGUAAAGUCUAUCCAGGUGAUAAAUCCUGUAGAUUGAAUCCCUUUCUCAAGGAAGUUGCUAGAUUAGAAAGAAAAAAGAAUAAAAAGGAAAAGUCUGAAGAUGAUUAUCAUUCGAAGAAGAAAAGAAGAAUGUAUAGUAUCGCUGAUUUUCAACCUUGCGGUGAUGAACAUGGCAUGCAUACCUGUGACGGUCCAUGGGGUACUCUUAACAUUUUAACUCCCGAGGAACUGAAGGAACAGGAAAAAGAACGAAAAGAGAUUUUGAGGGGCCCACCAUGCGGAAUAAAACCAGGACGUGCUGUUUGCGAAGGACCUUUUGGUGAGAGAAUACCACGUCCAAAAAGGUCCAGGCCAACAGACGACGAGGAAGAAAUAGAGGAAGAGGAAGAAGAAGAGGAAGAAGAAAAAAGAGAAAUAAAAAAGUCUGUUCCAAUGAAAAAGGAGAAAAUUCUACGACGUGACAAACUCUGUCACGCUAGUCCAGAAACCAUGGCAGCUGAGAAAAAGACUGUUGAAAAAAAAGUUACCAAAUUUAUACCUGAUCCAGAUUAUCAUGGUUACGAUGAUCCAUGGAAUAUUUCUCGUACUGCACCAUCGGUCAAGGAAACUAUUACGGAAUAUGAAAAAACUUUAAAACUUUCAACUCCUAAACCAAGAUCGGAUCCAUCUGAACCUAUUAUUGAAGUUUUGAAGAAGAAAAAGAGUAAAAAAUCUGAAAUUCUUAAAUCAUCGAAAGAUAGUUCGUUGAAAACCUUGUCCGACAAACAUAAAGUUUUGUCUACAAAAAUACAUUCGGAUAAGAUUAAGAACGAAACUAAGAAUUUGAAAAAUAAAAGUAUAUCUAAUUCUCAGGAAUUCACAAAAUUUAGCGAGAAGAAAUCAAAAAAAAAGAAAUCGUCAAUGAAGGAGGUUGGCGUUGCCCUUACAACGGAAUAUCUCGAUAAAGAAAUGAAAAGAUUGAAGAGCAUGAUGGUAUCACCUGAUAUCCAUUUCAAUGACGUUCAGCCAAUUAUUCUUCCUGAAGAACCAGCAUCGUAUUGUCAACAUGAAUAUGGUGACACUUUGCAAAAGGAUUCAACUUUUGAUGAAACCAUUAGCAAAGAGAAGAUCUCAAAAAAAGGUCCAUGCGGUUGGAGGACGAAAUCGGAACAGGAAUUGCCUGUUAAAAAGACUUUGGCCUAUUUGACUGAUCCUGAUCCACCAAUCGAGAUGGUUCCUGUGAGACCAGGUGGAAAGGCUUGUAUUUGUCGUGAAAAUAGGAAUAAGAAAAAAAUUCUGAUGUAUCAGAUUGGUGGAUCAGUUGAGAAUAAAAAAAUUGAAUUGAAUAAAGUCGGUAGAACUAGCGUUGGAAGGGUUAGCAUGAAAAAGAAAGAAAAAAAGGAGGAACAUGAUGAAACUCGAGUAAUAGAGGGUGUUAUUUAUUAUACACCACCGCCAAGUCGAAGAAGAAGCGACGAGUAUGUUCCCGAAUACGAUGUUUAUGAAUCACCUUAUGAAAUAUGUGUUUAUCGACCCAAGAACAGUUUUAUGAAUAUGUUAGAAAAAUACAUGACACCUCCUGGCAUUAUAUCGAAGACACGAAAUAACAUUAAACCAUGCGAUUGUAGUGAUUAUUUAGAUAUUUAUGGUGUAGCCGGUGAACAUGCUGAAAUAGAAGAGUCCAAAAGAUUACUUGAGGAAAGAGAAAAAUUGAUGGAAUCGAAAUCACCAAAGGAACGUUGGGCUCUAGCUCUGAAGGACAAUGGUUUAAUGGAUUAUUAUGCCGGUUGUAAACACAAAGUACCAUGUUGGUCGACGUGUGCCAGAUUAAAUAAAUAUGCCUGUCCUCCGAAGCCGCCAAGAUUAAAAAUUAAAAAGCCUGUAUGCGAGUGUAAGUACGAAAGAAAGAUAGUAGAGAAUAAAGAAGAAAAGAUCAAGUGGAAGGAACGUCAAAAUAAACUAAGAAACUUCAAGAAGAAAGCUUAUACAAAUGUGAAGAAUAUUUCGAGACCUAUGAAAGCUGACACAAAAAUGAUUAUAUCUGAUGUUAAGAGAAUUCCUCGUGAAGAUGAAUACAUAGACGACGUACAAUAUUGUAUAUCGGGUAUAAUAGAAAAUUAUACUAUGGAUCCAAAAGCAACAACAGUUGUGGAAGGUUUAAACAUGGCCACACCAAUACAUACACCAAAACCAAGCAAGGAAGAUAUACCAUGUGUUUGUUUGCAUAGUCAUUGGUCACCAACGAAUAUAUCACCUGGACCAUUACCUAGAAAAGAUCAAGCAUUGAUAGAAGAAAGAAAACGUAGAGAUAAGUACUUGGAAGAGGCAGCACGAAUAAUUUAUGGUCCUAACGAUGAAGAAAAUAAAUCUGAAAAAUGUUAUCGCGAUUGUAAAACCAAUUGCAUUGACAAACGAAAGAAAGAUGAUAAGAUCGAAAAUCAUAAUCAAGGGAGAACGACGAUGACAGAGAAAAAGGUGCAGAAAGAGACGGAUAAAAAUAAAAAGUUAUCUAUAACAAAAACUAUAACAGAAUCAAAAGUUGACAAAGAUCAAGGAGAUAAGAAUCUUUAUCAAGACAAUGUUGAUUUGGGAGACUUAAUAAAAAAAGAAUUGAAAUCAAUGGCAACAGAGGGAUUUCUUUUUGCCAAAUUACCAAAAUGUCAUCGGAUGCCACAAAUUCAGAAUUGGAUUAUGUAUAGAAAAGGAUUCGUUUUUACCGACAAAGAAAAAGAGGAAUUAAUGAUCCUGACGUUUAUGGUUUGGGCGAUGGCUGAUCUAAUUAAACAACCGGAUAUUAUGGUUCCGUCCUUGGAUAUGUCCAAGAAAGAAAUUCGAGAAUUAACAUUCGAUCGAGUUGAAGAAAUGAAGAAAAAAAUCGCUAUGAAAAAUGCCAUAUUCUACAGUCGUUUACGAAAAAUGCGUGUAUUAUAUAGCCAGUAUAUGUGGAGUACCAUGGAAUUUCGAAAGCAUCCAUCUUUGUCAUUUAAAAGAGCUUAUUUCACUUAUAUGGCUUCAAAGGAAGCUGAUGGACACGUUUUUAAACCUUGGAUGAUAAAUGAAGUUCGUCAAAAAGAUUAGUUUAUAUUGCUCAUACAUUGUUUCUUAUUAAAAUUCUAUUAUCCUGC